AUGUUGUCAAUUACUAGAGUUUCAGCUUUGAGAACUCAGUUUGCUACUUUCGCCAAGCCUGCUGUCGCACAGCAGCUGGCCAGAUACUCCACUGCUCCAUCCAUCCCAAAGACCCAAAAGGGAUGUAUCUUUGACACCGCUGGUGGUCCAAUUGAGUACAAGGAUAUUCCAGUUCCAACUCCAAAGCCAAACGAGAUUUUGGUUAACGUCAAGUACUCUGGUGUCUGUCACACCGACUUGCACGCCUGGAAGGGUGACUGGCCAUUGCCAGUGAAACUUCCAUUGGUUGGUGGUCACGAGGGUGCUGGUGUCGUUGUUGCUAAGGGUUCCAACGUCCAGAACUUCGAGAUCGGUGACUUGGCCGGUAUCAAAUGGUUGAACGGUUCUUGUAUGGGAUGUGAAUUCUGUCAACAAGGUGCUGAGUCUAACUGUCCAGAUGCUGACCUUUCUGGUUACACCCACGAUGGUUCUUUCCAACAAUACGCUACUGCUGAUGCUGUCCAGGCCGCAAAGUUGCCACCUGGAACUGAUCUCGCUGCUGUUGCUCCUAUUCUCUGUGCUGGUGUCACUGUCUACAAGGCUUUGAAGACUGCUGACUUGCGUCCAGGUCAAAUUGUUGCUAUCUCUGGUGCUGCUGGUGGAUUGGGUUCCCUUGCUGUUCAAUACGCUGUUGCCAUGGGUCUGAGAGUCCUUGGUAUUGACGGUGGUGAAGAGAAGGGUAACUUCGUCAAGUCUCUUGGUGCUGAGUUCUUCGUCGACUUCACCAAGGAGAAGGACAUUGUCGCUGCUGUGCAGAAGGCUACCAACGGUGGUCCACACGGUGUUAUUAACGUUUCUGUUUCUGAGGCUGCUAUCUCCCAAUCUGCUGAGUACGCCAGAACCCUUGGUAAGAUCGUUUUGGUCGGUCUGCCAGCUGGUGCCGUCUGCAAGUCUCCUGUCUUCAACCACGUUGUGAAGUCCCUGCAAAUCAAGGGUUCUUACGUCGGUAACAGACAAGACACCACCGAGGCCGUCGACUUCUUCACCAGAGGUCUUGUCAAGUCUCCAUUCAAGAUUGUUGGUCUUUCUGAGUUGCCAGAGGUCUUCGAGUUGAUGGAGAAGGGUAAGAUCUUGGGUAGAUACGUCCUUGACACCUCGAAAUAA